AGCAAUAACGGAUGUUGAGAACACAAGUGCAUCUGAGAAUAAUAUGCCGUCUCUAGCGGAGUCACGUCGCUCGUUGUUCAACGUUAAGUUGGCAUCAUGGUUCGUACGGCUCAGCGCAAUCUUCUGCAUGAUAACUUUCGCGGUUACUAUGGCAGUCACCGACUUCGAUAUCAUCGUCCCAAUAUCGUUCAUCGUCGGUUGUGCAGCACUGACUCAACCUCUCUUGGCGUCAUGUUGUUAUAACCGAAAUCCCGAGAGUUGUUCUUCUUGGAAACUGACGACCGGCAAGAUCAUUCUUUACAUCUGGCUGUUUUUCGUAAAUAGUGUCUUGAUCGGUUUUACCGGUUAUCUCUUUAUCUCGGCCAUCCCCAACCCCGAGUACUUCUUCACUACUUGGAUCGGUAUCCUCUGCUUCUUUGUCUUCUUGAUCAGCAUGGUCCUGACCGUGGUCAACAUAUACACAUUCUGUGUACUCCACAAAAACGGCUGCUGUUUCAUGAACUCCCUCAAUAGAGAUGUUUUGAACGUGGAUCCAGAGGCAACACCAGUGGCUAUUAUUAUGCCGACAAAGACAGUGACAUUUGGCCGUAAACCGGAACUGGAUGGGGCUACCUCCGGUAGCGAGUACCCCGAGCCUCCGCCUCCUUACCAGGAACAGUGUCCGCCAUAUGUGGAGAACAAAACAUAAACGUGUUAGUUACAAUGUACGUUUUACAAAAACGAAGGUAAAUAACAUUUUCCCUACGCCUACGUAGCAUGGCAGACAUGUUGGGACCCAAUUGUCCACGGUCAUCGUCCGCGUUGCCAUCCGAUUCCAAGACAUAACAUUUUAAUUUCCGACAUAUAUACUUGAUGUUCAUGUGCUAAUUGGCAAAUAACUAAAGUUUGUUUAAACAACUUCAAUACCGCAUCACUAAGUCCAAGCAGGCGAUAUAUUCAAUUUGCGGAAUGCGUGUUGUUGUGUUUUUGUGCGAGAACCACUAUAUCGUUUAACCUUGAAAUAUUGACAGUUCAUUGUCAAAAUUGAAAAUAGAAUAAUUAAUGCACAGUAUGUAACUCAAUAGCCUCGAGAUGUCAGUGCUUUACGCGAAAUUAGUGUUUAAAAUUCAGCCGCGGUGUGCUUUUUUUUUUUUUUUUAUCUUUGUCUGGUUAUUAUUUAAGGAAUAAAUUGCGGGGUUGAUGUCAUUAUCGGGGUAUGAACGCGUUUGGGUUGGUCAAUGUGUGUGGAGUCCGAAGGACUCCACGCGUACUUUGACCAACCCAAUUGCGUUCAUAUCCCCGAUAAUGACACCAACCCCGUAAUUCAUUCCUUAUAUUUACACCAAUAGUUCAUUAUUUCAUUCAAGAAUUGUUAAAAAAAUACUUCAUUUCAUUUAAGAAAACCUUUCAGUAACCCGUUCUUACCCAUUCGGUAAAUAGAACGACCCGACUAUAACCGGAAACAUUUUUUUCAAAUGACGUCACAAUAACGCGGGAAAAGAUCAACCACUUGAAAUCACUUUAAAACGUAAAAUUGAAGCACUUCUGGUACCAAUAUAUUUUAAAUAUAAUAAACUAACACUUUUAAAAAUGUUGAUCUAUAUUUUACGGGACCUGCAGACACAAUACAACCAAUAACAAGAUCAAUAGCUUUCAUGUAUAUUGUUAUGCAAUGAAUUACGACCCGAACAUAUCCGAAGAUGUUGCGUUCAUCGAUUGAUGAACGCAAUUGCCGAAAGGCAGUUCAUUUAAGGAAUGGAAGUUGAGGUGUAAAUAUUAUAUUUUGUCGAAUGAAAAGGCAUUCUCAUGCUUUCCAAUACAUGUAUUUCAGUAAAUAUGAAACUGCAGUCAGCCGUGAUUGAUUUUAAUCGGGGGGAAUUGGUAGAUAUAAACAGUGACUGUCCCAGUUAGUGGCUAGUUUACACUCUAUAAUAUAGACUACUUAAACACAUUAAGAUUGUUAGAACGUACAAACACGAAUUAAAUUGUUACACCACUGCAUCGCAUCAUAUUAUUUCAUUACCCUAACAAUCUCCAACUAUUACUUAUUAAUUGAUAUCGAUAUCUAGUCUCAGUUGUUAAAAUGUCUAUGGAAUUGCCAUUACGAGUACACCUUUCCUUGAAAGAAAGCGAAUAAAAACGUGAUCAUCGAUUCACUCUUCGGUAUUGAAAUACUACCAAAUUACAUCUGCAGUUGUUAAGCCAUUUCAUUAGUUAAGAGCCUAAGUCAUGUUUUGGCACGACAAAUGAUUUUCCCGGGAAUGCAUCUGAACACACUUAUAUCAAAAAUAUUUUGCGUUUUGAUACCGAAAUUAUAGAGGUAUAUCAACAUUUGUUGAAUGUUCCAGCCAUCUGUAUCUUAGUUUUAAUACCCCUAAUGAUUUGCUAGUCUUUAUUUCGCAAUAGAAAACAAAAACCGUAAGAAGUGCAAUUUAUUAACCAUGAACGAGCCUUUUAAGCCAUUACCAUUAAAUGCAGAAAAUAAAUAAAGCAUCUCCACCGAAGUUAAAUAUAUAAACAUCGAUGCAGCGUAAAGAACCGCCAUGUCGCGGCAAUCAAUCCUCUACCAUAAUGGCUGUUCAAUAAUGCAAAAGUUACACAUAUCGACCGAUCUGAGGGAAAAUUUCUUUGAAAUUUAGUUAUGUGGACCCUAAACAGUCGAUUAACUUGACUUUAAUACUGUUUUAAAUGAUAUGAGUGUAACAUUUUUU